AUGAUCCCCAUGUCGAAACAAGUCGUCGAAGAGCUGAAUGUCGCUCCCCUGCCCGAACCAGAGGUCCUCUCACAGAUACGCACAGGAAAGCCAAAGCCUCUCGGCCAAGAAGUAUCUGCAAUCUUCAAACAGCAACGUCAAGGGCUCGUCGCUGCUACACGGACCGGCUUCGUCAACGAUGAACACAUCACCCCAGUCCAUGGCGGCAUUGAGCGGGCGGUGCAUCAAUACUCCUCACAACACUACCCGACCUGGCGAGCGGAACAGCCUGAGCGGGCGAGGCUGUUCGAAGUUGGCGCCUUUGGAGAGAACUUGACAACGAGGACGAUGAACGAAGACAAUGUCUGCGUCGGCGAUCGAGCCACGCAUGCCAUGUUACAAGUCAAUAUGCGAUUCCAAAAUACCAGGAUGCUCAAGACGGUGCUUCGCAACGGCCGUGUGGGCUGGCAGUUCCGAGUGCUGAAGACUGGAAAUAUCAAAGCCGGUGAUAGUAUGAUGCUCGUGAACAGGCCGAAUCCUAGAUGGUCGGUAAAGAACGUUCACCGGGUCGUACAUGGCAAGACCGUUAGCACGGACUUGCUUGAACAGCUCGCAGACCUAAAGAGUCUAUCGACGUACCAUCAUGAUCUAGUGCUCAAGAGACUGGCCGCGGCUUCGAGAACAUACAGUCUAGUGAACGUACGACAAGAAACGAAACGAGUCAAACAUCUGACUUUCAGGCUGAAGACCGACGGGGAGAAGAAGACGAAACUCCGUGAUCCCACCUUCCGACCCUUCUCCUUUGCGCAGAUGAAAUUCGGUCCACAAGCCAAGUUUUCGCGGUCCUACUCCAUCGUCUCUGGAGACCUUUACGAGUUCUGCCUAGGCGUCGCAUUAGACGACCAUUCAAGAGGUGGUUCAAGAUAUCUACACCAGGAAAUUCAACUCGGUGAUGAAAUCCAAAUGUCUCCCGGGGUCAACCCGAAUGACGAAGGCCACGAGACUUUAUGCUCUCAAGAAGAGAUUCGUCGGAACAUCGUCAUCAUCGGCGGUAUCGGGGUCACUGCUUUCAUGCCUGCCAUCAAAACGUGGCAGAGGGAUAACACCCCCUUUGAGGUGCAUUAUGCCGUGCGAAGCGUCGAGGAAGCUGCGUUCCUGAAUGAAUUGCCGGCGGAUCGUACAAAGAUUUAUGCCAAAACGCGGAACGAACGUCUCAAUGUGGAAGAUGUCAUUCCAGGUGCCAGUCCUGAUGGUCGGUUCCAUUCUAGACUCUUCGUCUGCGGUCCGACGAAACUGAUGAACGCGUGCGAGGAGCGAGCGAAACAGCUUCAAUGCCCCGGACACCUGCUUCACUUCGAAAGCUUUGGAUCAUCAACCGAAGGUGAUCUCGGCGAUCCGUUCGAAGUAGAAGUCGAAGAAGAUGAUAGAUCGACAACAUUGAAUGUGCCAUCAGACAGGUCUCUCCUUCACGUCCUGCAAGAUGCUGGCUUCGAUGUGAUGUCUUCGUGUGAGGCUGGGACUUGCGGAACAUGUAAGGUCAGUCUUUGCUCGGGCGAGGUCAUUAGGAAAGGAGUCGCUCUGGCGGUCGAAGACAAGGAUACCUGCAUCUUGAGCUGUGUAGAUCGUGGCGUGGCCAAUAUCAAGAUAGGGAUUGAAUAA